AUGAUUGCAUCCAACAAAGCAGCCAUUUUCAGCCUUUUGGCAUUCCUUCUUGGAGGUGUCACAGCACAGAAUCAUUUCCAGGCUCAGCAACAAGAACUGAGCAGCAACCCAACACCACUGCAACAGCUUGCUCAGGCAGAAGCUCAGUGGAAGUCCAAACAAAUCUACAACUAUGCCUAUGUGUACAACAACCAUGGAUCCAACCCCCACAACAUUGUCUAUCCCUGGGAUGUCACAGUCCGAAAUGGCAAGGAAGCUUCUGGCAAGGAUGGAACCACAACCAAAUCUUUUAUGAACCCCACCCCCAAACCAUGGAGGAAGUUUUUCAAAGGAUCCGAAAUGCCUACAGCCAGCCAGCCAAGUUCUUUUAUGUUAGGUACAACAAGGUCUAUGGGUUCCCAGAAGACAUCUAUAUUGUCUACAAUUUUGAAACUCCUGAUGCCGCCUAUGAUGAAGAAAUCACCAACUUUGUGA